AUGGCCCCAAAAGCAACCAAAGACAAAUACUCCGUAAUUCUUCCUACCUACAAUGAACGUCGCAAUCUUCCCAUUAUUACAUGGCUCCUUAAUCGCACUUUCACCGAGCAAGGACUCGAUUGGGAACUCAUCAUCGUCGACGAUGGUUCUCCGGACGGAACACAAAUCGUAGCCAACCAGCUCGCCAAAGCUUAUUCACCUCAUGUUCUUCUCAAAGCUCGCGCUGGAAAACUUGGUCUCGGAACCGCAUAUGUUCAUGGUCUUCAAUUCGUUACCGGAAACUACGUUAUUAUCAUGGACGCGGAUUUCUCUCACCAUCCUAAAUUUAUCUCUCAAAUGAUCGCGAAACAAAAGACGUUACCUACAAAUGGUGGAUAUGAUAUUGUUACGGGUACACGAUAUGCUGGUGAUGGAGGUGUAUUUGGAUGGGAUUUGAAGAGAAAAUUGGUAUCGAGGGGAGCCAAUUUAUUUGCGGAUACAGUUUUAAGACCAGGGGUUAGCGAUUUGACGGGUAGUUUCAGAUUAUACAAAAAGGCGGUUUUGCAGAAGGUCAUUGAAAGUACGGAGAGUAAAGGAUACACUUUCCAGAUGGAAAUGAUGGUCAGAGCUAAGGCUAUGGGAUGUACGGUUGCAGAAGUACCCAUCAGUUUUGUGGAUCGUGUUUAUGGAGAGAGUAAAUUGGGUGGUGAUGAGAUUGUGGAAUAUGCGAAGGGUGUCUUGAAUUUGUGGAUGAAGGUUUAG